GGUGACAGGAAGUUGCUGCCAUGUUUAGCAGGCUGCUUUGUUAAGGAUUCCUUCUUGGUUUCCUGCAGGUUUUAGCACAAGAGUUGAAAUGGAACCGAGCUGGAGUACGUUUUUAUUUCAACAGGCCAAUGAGGCGCUCCACCACCAGCACCAGUUAGCCGGGAAUAGCCUCUUGCCUUUACUCACUUCUGGAACAGAGCCGCCUGAUCAGAAACCAGUGCUACCCAUAGUGUUGGACCAGAAACCACCAGUCAGUGCUGCAGAACUUCUUAAAGAUAAUGUGGCCAGCGGAACUGGAGCAGGAGGUGGCGGAGGACCUCCUCUUGCUGUUGUCAAAAAAGAGCCUAAAUCAAAGACGCCAUUCAUUUGUGGCUAUUGCAACAAGGCUUUCCGGGACAGCUACCACCUGCGGCGGCACGAGUCGUGCCACACUGGCAUUAAGAUGGUUUCGCGGCCGAAAAAGGCCCAAACAGCUCCCACCAUGGUGCCAAUCAUUUCCACAGUACCUCGCGAUAAUAAUGGAAAUCCUUCAUAUGUCACUACUGUAGCUGGUAUUUUGACAACGGCCACUACAUCAACAGCAACGGGUACGAGUAUUAUGACCCCCAUGCAACACCAACAGCAGCAGAACAUCCCUAAAAAGACUCCCAAACCAGUGAAAAAGAAUCACGGCUGUGAUAUGUGUGGAAAGGCUUUCAGGGAUGUUUAUCACCUGAAUCGCCACAAGCUGUCGCAUUCUGACGAGAAGCCGUUUGAGUGCCCCAUCUGCCAUCAGAGGUUCAAGAGGAAGGAUCGAAUGACAUAUCACGCACGCUCCCAUGACGGUGGAGUUCACAAGCCUUAUAUUUGUUCUGUAUGCGGAAAGGGAUUCUCCAGGCCUGAUCACCUAAGCUGUCAUGUAAAGCAUGUCCAUUCCUCAGAAAGGCCUUUCAAGUGCCAAGUAACGGCCUGUACAUCUGCUUUCGCUACCAAAGACCGUCUACGCUCCCAUAUGAUUAGACACGAAGGCAAAGUCACGUGUAACAUCUGUGGCAAAAUGCUAAGUGCUGCCUACAUCACAAGUCACCUCAAGACUCACGGUCAGGCCAGCUUCAGCAACCAGUGUAACAAUAAAGGCAUAAAUGACUGGCAGUGGAAUCACUCAGGGCCACGAAAAGGUGAUUUGACGGUAGGAGAGAUUUUAAAUAACUCCUUCCAAGUCCUAAUUGACAACUCUCACAAAGAUGCCAACAACGUACACAGCAAUUCCGCCACGACCACGCCGGUCACCAACUCGGCAGCCAUUACCUCUACCAUGAACCGUGGUGGCAACACAAGCAAUCCGGUCACCAUUGCCGCUCAGAUGAACAUCACCACCAGCACGGUCAACAUCACAAACCCCGUCAACCUGCAACACCCGGUCACGAUUACAGGCCCGGUGAACCUAGCCUCCGUCAACAUCCCCACCACAGCCCACAUGAAUAUUGCCCAUCCCGUGGCCAUCACCACCCCAAUGCCCAUGAAUAUCACCGGCCCACUUAACAUUGCAAUGAGGCCCAUGGAGAGCAUGCCUUUUCUAUCCCAAGUUCUGCCAUCCUCACCUCCUUGGUAGUUUGUUUUUGGAGUCGGUGAGUAACUGUUGAGAAUGUAACCUCUUAAUAAUAGACAAACCUGUCAAAUCUUAGUAGAAUAGCAUUCUCAGUGGAUGGGUAAAAUGUUAAGUUGGCAUACCGUCCGAUGUUCUGCAUCAUCACCCGACGACUCACAUGAAUUUUGAAUCAGUGCUAAAAUGAUAAUUAUUAUUUGUAUUUAUAAGAGAGGAAAAUGCUUGGAAAACUUCUGCUAAAACACGUGACAAAAGCACGUCGUAAGCUAGAUAAUCGACAUAUCAGACGAAUUGAUUCAUCACAUUGAUGCAAAAUGCAGUAAAUCAAAUAUUACCUUUUGAAGCCGUCCCUAUCAAUUUGCCAAGAAAAAAAAGUUCUUCCCCAACUAGGAAAGCAGAACGAUUUUCUGACCUUUAUCUAUAAAAGGGAGAAGCAACAGGAAAUGAAGUGUUACACUGCUCUUGAAUUACUUUUUUUUUUUUUUUUAUGCCAAAGAUUUUUCAAGCAACACAACUUUUGUGAGUUCUAUAUUUUCAAAGAUUCGGGAGCCCAAAUACAUAUUAAAUCAACCUUGCUUGCGGGAUGCAUUUUAACAUAUUUCUUCAUUGCCUUUUAUUCAAAUAUAUAAUGUUACAUUUUAGUACAGAUCGUACACUACUAUUAUUGUCAAAUAGAUAUUCACUAGUAUGAUCAUUGAUUUUGAAGGUUUUAUCAAUAAUUAUUACAUUGUCAGCAGUUACACUUUCUCCCAUUAUUUGAGGUCUAACCUGUAAUUUUUUGGUUCCUGUUAUUAAAGUGGAACUUCAGAAUUAUUGACAUUAGGUUUAAUCUUCGAGUUAGCGGGGGUUUAAUUAGUCGGUGGAGUUGAUUUCAACAAAUUCUGCGCAGUUUGUCAGUUUCAGGGUUCCUGAGUGGCUAAGCUAGCGUGAGUUAAUGGUGCCUGCUUAGCAUGCCAAUAAAAAAUGAUAUCAACAGAUCUAACAUAGUCAAAUAAAUUCAAAAUGCAGAUCAUUGUUCGAAAUAACCAUGCGGCCAAGACAAGGUCACCCCAAACUGCCGUAAUUAAUUUCAUUCUGCGAGACUUUUUUUUUUUUUUCAGAUUCGUAAUGCGACCACAAUAGAGAGGAGUGCUUCGGCCACUCGUGCUAAGUCUGCUGGCGAAUCCCUUUCAUUUUCAUAAAAAAGAUUAGUGGUGAAAAAGUGAUGUGAUAUCACUCUGCCUGCUUGCCUCGAGAGCCUGUUCCCUACAGGGCUGUUGGAUUACAAAUGUUGCUGUUCAUACUGCAAUUAUUGACAUUAAUGUUUUUAUAACUUUAUCCUGAAAACAUAGCAACACUAUUGAUUGAUUCUUAUGCAAGUAUAAGUUGUUUUUUAAUGGUAUGCUAAGCAGGCACCAGUGUUGUUUUUGGCAGCCCUUUUAAUUUACCUCUUAGUCUUUUGGACGAUACUUAUUAGUCUUAGUUAUAGUUUAAUUGUUUCAAAAUGUGUUUGUCUUAGUCUAGUUUUUAUUGACGAAAACUAAUUUUGUCUAGUUUUAGUCGACAUUUAGUCAAUAUUUUCGUCUGUAAAAUUAAUAAGUUUCACUCCAAAAAUAAAGUUACCGACUAUUUCGAAAGAACAUACGACAGACGAGCGCAUGUUGUAGCAUCUACAAGAAAUCUACAAAUCUAUCACAUGAUAAUACAGCCUCAUCAGGGAAAACACAUCAUUUUCAAUUAAUUAAACCAACCGGGACGCCACAAACUGCACGUAACAAAAAAAAGUUGCCUGAGAGUUAAACAGGGCACUCGACGUUAGCAAUUGCCUAAUGCUAAUGCGGACGCCAUGCUAAUGCUAUGAGUGGGAUAUAGUGUGUGAUGAUCACUCAGCACAAUGUUAAAGUAACAUUGCAUAUUUUCUUUUGCAUGGAUAAGAAAAAAUCUUACAGUGUGUGUCUCAAAACAAGCAAUGGGGAGAGGACACUAGUGGGUUAGUUGGGGGGGGGUGCAGCAUGUCACAUGAGUGACACAACCAGACACGGCUAUAUGCAGGCUAACUACACAUGAAAUUUCACACGUUGUGAACAUGUGACUGAAACUAUGGCGCAUUUUCACCUUGUUCUCAUCUCGUCAGAAAACUGUCAUUCUUGUGCUUAUGUUUUCUGGUCAAAGUCAUGAAAAAAUGGUUCGUCGAUUUAAUAUUUUCAUUAUAGUCAUCGUUGACGAAGACAACACUGGUAGGCACCGUUGACUUGCGCUAGCUUAGCCACACCGGAGCCCUGAAACUAACAUAUAACUAGCAAACUGCACGGAAUUUGUUGAAAUCAACUCCACCGACAAAUUAAACCCCUGCUAACUCGAAGAUUAAGCCUUAUGUCAAAAACUGUGAACUUCCCCUUUAAGUUACUGAACAACAAACAAUAAGUGAACAGCUGGACUAAGAAUUUACUGUGUUCUGGGCAUUCGAUGUCAAAAUAUGUGACAUCUUACAACCAUUCAUCUUAACAGAGAUGUGAAUAAUGCUUCCAUUUAAGAUUCUGUUUUAAUUUUUAGUUUUAAGAUAUUUUAGAGGACUAAUCAAUAUUUAAUAGUUUAUGUAUUUCAAGGUAUUUCAAAUUUGGAGGGCGGUGUUGAGCAAUAUUUUGGUUUCUUUGUUUCUGAGGCUGGUCAGAACUGUUUGUAAUCAAUUUGACAUCACUGCUUGAUACACUACGCACUCGUGUGAUGUCAUCAAUUUGGGAUAAUUUUAAAAUAUUUAUAUCAGAACAUGACCAGUAUUGGUACAGUAAGAAGGGAGGGUGGGUUUUUAAUUUUGUUUUUUUGUCCCCCCAACUAAGUCUGCUGAGGUUUCGCCCUUCACAGUAUUAUCAAAGGUCAAAAUGGGAAGGGUUUUUAAAUUUUAUUUUUAUUUUAUUUUAUUUUUUUACUGUAGAGGUCAAUAGGUUUGCUUAGUUGCACAUGGACUGUGCACAACCACAGUUGUUGGGUUGGUUAGAAUGUUUACAUUAGGAGGCAUAGGAUCUAAAUUCUGCAAAAACUCAGAUGACUGAGAUUAGUAUUUUGAAAUAAAUGAAUGAAUGGUAUUACUUUUUUGUAAAUAAAAAAAUACAUUGUGUCGCUUUAACCUACGGAAGCGCCAGUCUGACUUUGCACCACAAGCUCCAAUUAAGAACUAUAUCAGCAUUGAUACGUGCGACCAACAGCAACAAUGCCAAAAAAUGAUCGAUGAAUACAUCUAUCACUGUAAAUUGCACGGAAGUACCUGGUUUAAUACAUCAAAAAUCAAGUUGUAGCUGUAAAAAAUGAAAAAUCUCAUACUGUAUAUUUUGUGCUCUCCAAAGAUUUUGUGGAAACAGUGGGUAACAAUAUCACCAGCAUUAUUCUUUUGAACUGAAUUUUCACUGUAUAGCUUACAUUUAAAAAUAUAUAUAUUUUCAGGUCUAUGUGAAAUGUAAAGGUGCUAUGAAAUGGUGACCAUGUGAAAAAAUAAGAAUUACUCCACUAGUGUAAUUUUUAUGUGUAAAAAAACAAAUUAGGCAGUCAAAUCUGGCUGCCUUUUUACUAUUUCUUAGUUUUACCAUACAAAAUAAUGCAUUGGGGAACAACCACAUUUUUCCCAGCAAUUUUGUUUGUGACGUCACAACCAGAAUUGAUGAUCAUGUCGAGCUUUCUAGUGCUGCGCUAGCUACCUAACUGUCACACUGCCUCACAUCUGCAAAAUGUCAGCCCUUAACUAAAUUGUAGAAUUACCACCUAAAAAAAUGAUGCAAUACAAAAAUGCCUGCAGCAUAAGACAUUCUAAAACAUAAGCAAAAGAAUAUGUGUAAAUGUUUUCUCUGUGAGCUUUUGGAAAAUAUUUUUGUGAAAGUGCACUCCUGUGGAAAGAAACUUGAUCAUAUUCAAGUUCAAAGACUGAUAUUUAUAUACAAGUUAAAAAUAGCCUUGUGAGAAAUUCAUAGCAAAGUUCAUAUAAAUUAAAAAAUAAUCGAGAAGUUAAGAAAUUAAUAUAAACUAUGUCAUUUUUUUUUGGCCCAGCCUGUUAAAAGAAUCUGAAUCGUUUGGAAAUGGAAUCGAGACGUGGAAUUGGAACCAGAACCGUUAGAAUUCAAACGAUGGCAAACCCUAUUCCUUACAUACUGUACUUGUCUUCCUUUAGCCUCACCUCAAUUAAACCCUUCAGAGACCAUUCACGCUGUUAAAAAAAUACACCAAAAACUUUAUUGAAACGUUAGACUUUGUGAUAACAUACAAGGUUUUUCUGAUAUCUAUAGCUUAACUAUCCUUUUCAGUCAGUCUUUUAUAAGAAAUAUGUAAUCACUGUUAUUGUAAAAAUGUACAAAUGCUUCAGACUCCUACAUUUGCAUCUGUGAGAAUAGUUUAUGUCCUACACAUGUACAUUAAAACUGUUUUAACAUUUGAAAGCAUUGUAUUCUAUCUAUGGCAUAAUCAUUGGAUGGGCUGAAAAAAAAUCACCCCCCACUCCAAAAAAACCCCCAUUUAAUCUAGCACAUACAUCAGUCGACAUCGCUCAAGAGAAAAUGGCGUCGGUUCGCGCAUGUGCAGUAGCAAUCCGAUAGCCCGUCACGAUCGGGUAAUGACAGUGCCUAUGGUUAGCAUGCUAGCAACUCAUUCUGGGUUUGACAUCUUCUGUUUGGAGAUUUUUCAGUGUGUGAGAUCAAGGCAGUUGAGAAAGGAAGAAUAAUUAGGAUCCAUUUUCAUUAGUAAGCCUUUUCGUUUUUGGAUGGAUUUGUGUAAAACAGAUGGUCUGCUAUUAUUUUGAAGUCAGUCAUAGCAUUUCAUAGCACCUUUAAAUUGAGGCUGUGCUCUAAAUGGUGGAUUUAUUGUUCCCAUCAAAUUAAGAGGCAAUUUAGAUUUGAAUCAUACCUUAUAUAUGUGGCCACUAUCUAUGUACUGUCGAGUCCUAUUUAUUAGGAAGAGUACCAUUGUCUCCUUGAUGCCAACAUUUUAAAAGAUUUAAAAAGCUAAUACUUUUUUUUUUGCUGUCAAGUACAGGUAGUCCCCAGGUUAUGAACGAGUUCCCUUCCUUCGCUGGAAACGUAACCCACAUUUUCGCGUAGGCCGAAAUUGACCCUUUAAGUGUGCCUCAAUACAUCCCAAAUCUCGAUUAUCCAAAAACAAGUAUUACACGUCAUUGUACUGUCCUUGCGUUGGAGCUAAAUCCUAGCUAAACAGCGAGCCAAGCUAUAAAAUGACUGUGUCAGACGUCCGUGUGGUUUGCUGACUCUAUUCAUCUGCUCAUGACAUCAACACUUGCAGAAUGAAACUAGAAUAAAAAAUCAAAUAAGUUUAAUCUUCCAUAACAGCAAUCAAAAUUUGCGUUUAGCUGUUGAUACAGCAAUAACAAUCCACACAAGCGAUUAGCAUCUAUCAAUGGAGUACCGCAAGCGACACGUCAUUUUUGCUCAUUAAUGUUCAUGACGUUAGCAAUUGUUGCUUGGCGGGUCAACCUCCCGUUUGUCCUUAAGAGUAAAUGCAUGGAAAUGGUGUAAGAGCGAGAUGUUUACAGAGCUUAACCUAGCAAUUCUGUCCGACAAUGAUCUCCCUGGUGCCAAAUUCACUGGUAAAGAUAUGGAAGAACAUAUAAAUGUUCAGUUAAAGAGAUGGCUUGAGUGUCGAGGGCUAAAAAACGACGAAACGUUUACUCAGAGUUUUUGGUUUCGGGAAAUGUAUAAAGAAAACAUCGUUCAUAUGUUGUAAUGACUAGAGUCGUUUCUACAAGUUCCGUAGCAGCAGUGUUUGCCCGACAUGUUUUUUUUUUUUAAAGAUUAUCGGCGAAAACAAGCAGGAAUAACAUGGAUUGUAUGCGAGGGCGUGUCUAUAAUAACCCACUUCCGCAUUACGAUGGCGACGUCACGGUCUAAAAAUAGCAUUCGUGCGGUACGCUAUUGAAAACGCACAAUAAACAGUACAAAAGGUGUUGCCUCUGAGGAUUCUUCAAAAGCAACAAAUGUGCACGCAGGGUUGCAGCCGUAAUCUUUCCCCUCUCACUCGGCUGCGCUCUUCCUCGUUCCUCCUUCGUGUGUGCAAAUACGUUGUUCUUUGUGUGUACAUGUACUCUUACUCGCGUGUGGAAGUACUUCCUGCUCUAUGUGUCCAGCACAAAAACAAAACCAUGCAUCACUAAACAAAAGUCAACAUUAUUUAAAAAACAAAACAAAACAAACAAAAAAAGCAGACAAAAUAGCGGACGAGACUCCGACGUCGUAAAGUCCAAAUAAUGUAAGUCAGCUACGUUGUAACCCAGGUACUACCUGUACAUCAAAAAUAAUGGGCUGCUUCAAUCUGUAAUAUGUCUAUUUCGCAACAAGGGGUUAUUGUGUCGUUCAGGUUCAAGGAAGAAAAAGGUCACGUUUAUAACAUGUCAGCUAAUCUUCAAACUUUUGGGGAUUUUUUAAAAUGUUGAAUUAAAGCAACUAAUGCAAAGCAAUGCCAUGAAAAGAUUAGUGUAAAGCUCAUUAUCAAGGCCUGAAAGUAUUUUUUUUUAAGCACAGCAAUAGUAACCUAUCACAUUGGCCUUACAGCAUUAACUUUCCUUCCAAAUGUUUGUACAAUUUUGCAGCGUCAUGUAUUGCGACUGUGUUGCCAAUUUGUUUCCUUUUCGUCCAUCCACAAACAUGAGCUUGAUUUUUAUUUCUUGACUGGCCUCAGUGCAGUGCAGUGCUAGUUAGUUUUCUUCUGGUUUAAUAUCAGCCUCAACAAUUCUGAAGCUUUCUGUGAUUUCUGGUCCAAGCAAAUCUGACAAUGUGAACCCUGUGUGAAGUUGAUGAUUUGUGUUAAGUGUCAGGUUUCUAAAGCACUUGGGGCAAACAAGGAUAUGCACACUACAAGAGGGCGAGUGGUACUUAGAGGCAUUUCAAUUAGGUGGAUGUUGUCGACCAGGCCGCAUUUUUUUGUGUCUUGACUGCCCAAAUGUCCUCAUUUCAUUGUAUGCAUGUCAACACUGUCUUCCAAGGGAAAUGCUACAAAACGUGGGAUGGCAUUAUGAUCUUGGACAUUUUUAUUCAUUUAAUAGCUACUAUUUUAAUUUACAAUGUCGCAUGUGGACUGAUUUGGUCCAUUAUAGUUUUCAGUUGAGAAACUUUUUUUAGAUAGUGACAUUAUGUCCAAACAAAACACUAAAAAAAUUAGGGUAAAUUCAAGCAUGUGCUGUCAUAUGUCCUUCUCUAGUGGCCGUGAACAAAUGUGCCUGAAAUACUUUGCGAGACUUCUCCACAAAUUUACUGUGACAGAAGCCUUUUUCAGAUGUCGGCAGAUGUCCGACAACCAAACUAUGGCAUUAAGCAUUUUAUUUGAUGGAACAUGAGUGUGAUUUUACUGCAGUUGAGGAAGGAUUGUGAAAGAAAGACUUUUUUUUUUUUUUU